AUGGGUCGUAAGAAGAGGAAGCAGGUCAAGCCGUGGUGCUGGUAUUGUAAUAAAGACUUUGAGGACGAGAAGAUUCUGAUUCACCACCAGAGGGCAAAACAUUUCAAAUGUCCAUUUUGCCGUAGAAGGCUAUUCACUGGUUCCGGUCUUUCUAUACACUGCAACGCUGUACACAAGGCAAAGCUGGAUAAGAUCCCAAAUGCUUUGGCACAUCGGUCCAGCACGGCAAUCGACAUAUAUGGCAUGUCUGGCAUACCGGAGGCCGAUCUGUUGGAGCACGAAAGGCAGAAACUCGGGCAUGAGGGCGAUGACGAACCCUUAGAAAAAGUCGAUGGACUAGAUGAUGGGGCUGGAUCGUCUUUCAUCCCCCCAAUUCCUACUUUCCCAUUCAUGCCUCCAGUUGCAGGUGUGAUGCCGUAUGUGCCGCUUCCUCAGGUCGUCCCUGGCGGAGUACAAGCUUUCGUUCCUGCCGUCGCUCCUGCCCCACCGCCGCCACCACCACCUCCACCCCCUCCCCCACCUUCGUCAACGGAACCACCGACUGAAAUGGCACCGCCUAAACCGACUUUUCCGGCGUAUUCGGACGUUGAAGUAACGAAGGGUCCGGCACCCAAGAUAAUUCGACCCGCGGCUGGAGUUAAUGGAGUUGCUGUGGAGCUGGUGUAUCCAGAAGAGGAUUUGUCAUUGGAAGAGUUAAUGGCAGCAAAGCCGAAAUAUCAAGAAAUGCUUGAAAGGGCAUUAAGGCCCCUGCCACCUCAGACUAGUUUGUCGACUACCACAAUGCCACCCACAGCACCUGCAGUGCUAUCUCCCUAUGUCCCACUUCCUCGAGGUGUCCCUGUUAGCACUUCUGCCAUGCCAUUCAUGCCAGUACAGCAGACAAUGUUUGGCAUGCCAGCGUAUUCUCAGCCCAUGGGUCAAGUUCCGCCUACCUGGAUGGGGCUUCCAAACGUUCGGUUUUAG